AUGGAGCCGGUGAACGUCCCCCAGGCGGCGGAGAAGAAGGACGUGAGUCCGUGCACUGCCAGCCUGUGGCAGCUGCACAUCAUCCUCUGGAAGAACGUGUACGUGAAGCGGCUCAGGCGGCACUACGUGACGACCAUCCUGGAGGUGGCCCUCGUCGUGGCUCUCUUGCUGGGCAUCCAGGAGUACGCCGUGACCAGGGAGACGAUGAAGGUCCGCCCGGACACGCACUUCCCGACCAGCGCGCCCACCAAGUACUGGAACAACAUGCCGGACGUCGUGGCCAUCGACAAGGUCUUGUACCACCCGAAAUCCCAGUAUCUCUCCAAGCUGGUGCGGGAGUCGUUCAGCGACCUCGGCGUGCUCGAUGUCUCCGCCGUUGACAGUCUCAAAAACCUGAACGACGCCAUCAAUAAGCUGAACGACACUCCCACCGUAGUCAUUGGCCUGCACUUCAAAAACGUCCGCUCGAACACAACCGGGAUUCCGAACAGUCUGGACUGCGUGGUGGUGGCCGGCCGUCUACCCCUGGACACCCACGUGGAGUUUGGUGAGAAGCUCCUGUCGCAACCGCCUGGUCCGGCGAACGAAGCUCAUUUUGUCGAGAUGAACACCAUCAUGCCCAUCAUCGGGACUCUUCAGCAGCGGCACCUCGAGUACCUGGCGCUCAGACACAACCUGUCCACGGCGGCGGUGCCGCCCGUGAAACUGCAACGGUUUCCGUACCCUUCCUACAUCGAGGAGAUGGACAUCAGCAAUUACGCGCUCGUGCUGAGCCGCUUCUGCAUCGGCAUGCUGGUGCCUUUCGCCGUCUUUGCGGCACGCCUGACGGACGAGAAGACAUCUGGGAUGAGGGAAAUGCUGCGCAUCGUGGGACUGAGCGACUGGGUGUACUGGGCCAGCCACUACCUCAGCGCCUUCUUCAUGCACCUCAUCACGGUCACCCUGAUGAUGCUCUUUCUGUGUAUCAAGCACAACGAUAAAGGACGCUCGUUCAUCCAGAGCAGCGACCCGUUCCUGGUCUUCGGAAUACUCAUGUGCUUCUGCAGCUCGUGCUUGCUACACGCUGCUCUCUUGUCGCUCUUCUUCGCCAACCCUGCGUCCGCUGUGGCCGGCGCCAUGCUGUACUGGACCUUGAGCAGUGCGAUGCCCUUCCUGAUACUGGACCAGGGCACCGGUCACGGUUACCACUUCAUCUCGCGCAAGCACAAACUCUUCACCUCCAUCUUUCCAGGAAUGAACCUCCACUGGAUCUUCCGCGUCCUCAACCGUUUCGAGAAGUUCGUGGACACAGGUGCCACAUGGGGCAACUUCUUCGACCACUCGGCGACGCCGGACAACGUCACAGUGGCCGAAAUCGUGGCCGUAGGCCUCGUGUUCGACUGCUUCAUUGCCCUGCUUGUCUGGUACCUGGACAACGUCCUUCCGAUCGGACCAGGAAUCGCCAGGCCUUUAUAUUUUCCAUUUACGGCGAGCUACUGGGUCCCGCGGAAAGAGUUCGUCACGACUCCGGAGAUAACGGCCCAAGAGAAAGAUAACUUCGAGGCUGAACCCAAUAACCAGAUGGUCGCCAUUGAAAUUGUGCAGGCCUGCAAGGUUGGUCCUUGA